UCCCAGAGGUGAGCGCCACCCGCCUCCCGCCCCGUGACUCAGCACCCUCGCCGGGCACCACAGGACUUUUGCCCCCUGCGCACCGUGCCGGCCUCCUGCCCCGAUCUGUCCAGGCUCUCCCGCCGCACCUGCCCAGGAUGCAGGGAGCCGGAGCCCCCAGGCGCCGGGGCCCCUACUCCAGGGAGAUAGGCGCUCUGGGCCGUCCCGGGGUCACACUACUCACCUAUGCGCUGGUGACCCUGGGGCUCACCUGCCUCUUCAUGCGGUUCUCCAUCAUGCCGUACCUGACCCGGAGGCUGGGCCUGGACUCCGUCGCCUUCGGCCACCUGCAGACCACCUUUGGCGUGCUUCAGCUGCUGGGCGGGCCCGUGUUGGGCAGGUUCGCCGACCGACGCGGGGCCCGCGCCGCGUUCACGCUCACCUUCCUGGCGUCCUCUGCCUUCUACCUGCUCCUGGCGGCCGCCUGCAGCCCGGCCCUGCCCGGCGUGGCCUUGCUCUACGCCACGUCCUUGCCUGUCGCGUUCAUGCAGGGGAUGCCAGUCGCGCAGAUGACCAUCGCUGACCUGUCUGAGCCCCAGGAGCUGCCCGCGGCCCUGGGCCGCCUCGGCCUGUGUUUCGGGGUCGGCAUGAUCUUUGGCUCACUGCUCGGCGGGACCCUGAGCGCCACGUGCGGGAUGCAGUGCCCCGCGACUGUGGCUCUGGUGGCCAACCUCGUGGGAGCCGUCCUCAGCUUCACCUUUAUCCCCGUUAGCACGAAAGGGGCCAGUGCCCACGACCGGGCGGUCCCCGCAGGCGGACCCCAGGCCAACGUGUUUGACCUGAAGGCCAUCACCCGCCUGCUGCUGCAAUCGGGGGUCCUGCCCGUGUUCCUCAUCAAGGUGGCGUCCAGCCUCCCCUUCGGGCUCUUCAUGGUCAUGUUCCCCAUCGUCUCCAUGGACUUCUUCCAGCUGGAUGCCGCCCAGGCCGGCUACCUCAUGUCCUUCUUCGGGCUUCUCCAGAUGGUCAUUCAGGGCCUGGUCAUCGGGCGGCUCAGCCGUCGCUUCUCGGAGAGGGCGCUGCUCCAGGCCAGCGUGCUGGGCUUCGUCCUGGUGGGACUGGCCAUGGCACUGAUGUCCGACGUCCUCCACUUCUGCCUCCUGAUGCCUGGCCUGGUCUUCAGCCUGUGUGCCCUCAACGUGGUCACCGACAGCAUGCUGACCAAGGCCGUGUCAGCCACAGACACGGGGACCAUGCUGGGCCUCUGUGCCACCGUGCAGCCAUUGACUCAGACCCUGGGGCCCACCCUGGGCGGCCUCCUGUACCGCAGCUUUGGGGUCCCCGUCUUCGGCCACGUGCAGUUUGCCAUCAACCUCCUUGUCCUCCUCGUGCUCUGGAGACAGCCUGUGCCCCGGAAGAAGGACUGAGUCCGGUGA